GACACUGUGACGGAGGAGAAAGAACGUCGACUAUCAAUGGUUUUUAUUUUCAUUGAUCGUCUUUUUUGUGUAACUUGAAGCGCUGUUUGUGAUUUGGGGCUGAAAAAGCUGCAGUGGUUUGUUGUGUUUGUGUUUGCAGCAGCCUGUCAUGGACUCUGAAUUGUUUGAGCGGCACUACUCAGAGGUGGUGGCGCAUGAGAGGAGUGGCCACACGGCGUUGCUGGAGGACAACCUACUGUACGUGUGGGGAGGAUAUAUGUCUAUUGCUGAUAACGAAGUCUUCCUUCCCAGUGAUGAAAUCUGGGUGUAUGACUUAGAACGUGGUGUAUGGAAAGCUUUCAGUAUGAAUGGGGAGGCCCCGCCCUCCAUGUCUGGCUGCUGCAGCUGCUUCCUGAAUGGUCACAUGUACAUAUUUGGGGGCUGUGAUGACAACGGACAGACAAAUCAGAUCUAUUGUGUCGACCUGACAGAUGGCAACUACACGUGGAAGAAAAUAACACACAAAAAAGGUUCUGCUCCCUCUCCUCGGGAUAAACUGUCCUGCUGGGUUUAUAAUGGAAGGAUCAUCUACUUUGGAGGAUAUGGACACAAACUACUGAGUGAUGUUGAUAGCAGGAACAGAAACUUCAUUGUCGAUGAAGCAUCAUGGUUGGAGGAUGUUUUCUGGGGCUGGAACAAUGAGGUUCAUGUAUUUGAACCUGUGGAAGUCAGUUGGAGUCAACCGCAAACCUUUGGUCGGGCUCCAGCCCCCAGAGCAGCCCACGCUGGAGCAUUACUUGGGAAUCGAGGCUACAUCUGUGGUGGCAGAGUCAUGGAAACAAGGACAAGUGACAUUCACAGUUUAGAUCUGGAGUCAUGGACGUGGUCAGAAAUAAUCCCAGCGUCCACCGCUCCAGUGGGCCGGUCGUGGCACACGCUCACAUCUGUGUCAGACAGCACCUUGUUCUUGUUCGGAGGUCUCAGUGUAGACUGCAAACCAAUGAGUGAUGGCUGGGUGCUUGAUGUAGAAACAAAGAAAUGGAGAGAAGUGGAGCAUCCUUUUAAGAAUAAACCAAGGUUGUGGCACACAGCUUGUUCGGGCAAAGACUCUGACGUGAUUGUGUUUGGUGGAAGUUGUGACUACAUUCUCCUUGUUGACACGGGUCACUGCAAUGAUGCACUUGUUUUCCAGAUGCAGCCAUAUCCUUUGUUCAGGAUUUGUGAAGAUUAUGUCGCAAAGAAUGUGAGAAACUGUGAGAUGCUUAGAAAUCAGCUCACUCUGCUUCCUCCCAAACUCCUGACAUCAAUACAGAGGAGAUCGCUGUUCUACAGACCUUCAAGGAAGCAUCAGCAUUAGAUACAAAAUGCUAGUUAUUAUUUAAAGUACUGUAUACACUGUUUCCCCAAAUUUGGAAGACUUUUUUUUUUUUUUUAUUAUGGUGACACAUUUUAUGGUGACAUGGUUUAUUGUUUUGCAGAUACUAUAUGUUAUGUUAUGCGCUGUUGCCCUGCUGAAAUACAUAUGGUUCUGGAUGUAAGACAACCCCACUUUUUCAAGACGUUUUUAGAAAAAGACUUUCUGAAAACCAAAGUAAUACUCAUAAAAGCACAUUUUAGAGCCAUCCCCUUAUUUUUUGGAAAAUGUGUACUCACACACUGCUGCAUUUAGGACCACAGAAAGCUUUUCUGACUGUUUGCAUUUUUAACAGGGUCUUAUGGCUUGCGUCUUCCAACAUUACACU